AUGGACUGUCUUGGCUACGCCAAGGUUUUUCCUCCUACCUGUGUGGUACAUCUUGGUCAUGGACCAGUGAGCUUGGAAGAAGAUUUGAGGGAAACUGGAAGUUAUAUGUUGAAUGUUCGUUAUCAGAACCUGUACGCACUUCCUAAUUCUAUUGCAGAUUUAGACCCACUGGAUGUGUUGAAGGUUAGUGGUAAUUCCAUUGAGAAUCUUCCUGAAUGGUUAACUGAUUUGCCCAAUCUGCACACCAUCACUAUGUGUGAUAUGAAGCAUCUGGAAAGCCUGAUUGCGCAACUUGCAGGAAUGGACUUGCACUUAUCUUGCUUGGAUCUUGGGAACAACUCGCUGCCUAGCAUUCCAGAACGUGUCUUUCAGAUGAAGAGUCUUCUGACUCUCAUGGUUCGAAACAACCAACUUGUAGUGUUGUCUGAACGCAUUGGGCAGCUGAUUAGUUUGAAAAAGCUUCAAGUUGAUCGCAACAAGCUGCAAACCUUGGGAGCAGCGAUUUUGCAAGUGAAACAAACACUUGAAGAAUUGCAUGCUAGUCAAAAUCCUUUCUUGGCUUUUCCUCAUGAGAUCUGUCAGUUGACUCGACUGAAGGUUCUCAAUCUGUUCAGCUGUCAGUUUAAGCAUAUCCCACUAGAAAUUUCUAAUCUUCAGGUACUUCAGUCAUUGAGCCUUGAAAUGAAUAACCUUCGAGAAUUUCCUUUAGCUGUCGUUUGGCUGCAACGUCUAGAAAAGCUAACCUUGGCAAAGAACGGUAUUCAAAAUGUUCCAGACGACAUAGAGAAGUUAACCGAGGUUAAAGAACUUGACUUGAGUGAAAAUGAACUAACAGUGUUGAAUCCCAAACUCUUGUCUCUCCGGAAACUAGAAGCACUUUCACUGGCUCAUAACAAAAUUGUUGAGAUAUCACAUUUGGAAACUAUGUCAAAUAGUGUUCGAUGUAUUGAUUUGUCCUCCAACUUCAUUGUUGAGUUGCCAGUGACUUUGUCAGCAGAAUUCAUGAAGAGCCACUCACUGGAGACAGUGUGUGUUGACGACAACCCGAUGUGUAAGCCACCACUACGAGUGUGCAUGCAAGGUCUGCAAAGCAUCGCUGGCUUUAACGAUGCACUUAGCCAGAAAGGUGAAGUGGAAGGCGGUUAUGUAUCAAUACUUACAUUCGGCGAGUCAGAAGCUGGGAAGACAAGUGCAGUACGCUCAGUCAUGGAAAACAAGCCUAUUACAACAGCUGCAGGUGAUCGAACUCUUUGUUUGGACUUACACAAGUGGCACCCAGACGAACUUCCACACUGCACUGUAGUUAUCUCAGAUCUAGGAGGUCACUCAGCAUAUGACAUCACAACUCCGAUUUUUGUCACAGACAAUUCACUGUGUCUUGUGACAUUCGAUCUCAGCACUUACAAAAGCGAGAAUUUCGAGAAAGCAAUUGGGCAAUGGGUGAAGAAAAUUUACUCUCUGGUUAGGAAUGCGAGGAUGAUGGUAGUCGGUACACACAGCGAUCUAUGCCCAAGCGUUCCGGGGACACUUGAUUACACAUGCCAAGAAAUAAUGCGAGAACUCGAACACAUGAUCAAGUCAUACGAAGAUCGUCUUGAAAACGAGCUGUCGAAAGCAGAAAGAGACAGCCAGCAACUCGGACGUCAGUGCAUUCACUUUGGAUACGAACCACCCGCAUUGAGUUCACGAAUUGCAACACUAAAGUCCGUCAUUGCCAGCAUACGAAACACAAUCUUGGUUAACAAAGAUGUCAUUCAGGUCAGCUGCAAGGAUAGUAAGGAUGUUCAUGAUCUUCGACGUUACAUUGUUCAUACUAUUCAAGAUACUUUACUGUUUCCAACUCUGAAGACUACUGUGCCAUCUUUCUGGGUCAGCCUUGAAGUCGAAAUGUUCAAGCUUUGUCAAGACAACCUUCUAGCUAUAACCCUCAACGAGUACUAUCAACUGGCUAAAGACAAAGCUCACGUCACGAAAGACAAAGCUCUCGAGGCUUUGGAAUACUUUCAUAAUACGCGUGUAGCUCUAUGCUAUGAUCGCUCCGGGUUACGACACCAAGUGAUUAUCGAUCCUGGCAAAUUUAUUAAGGGAUUCAGGGAGAUAUUUCGACACGACUUGAAACGCUCGUUGGAAUGUUGGAUGACAACUACCGACAGUAAGAGAAAGCUGGAUUCGUUAGGAGUGUCAUAUGAAUCACUAAAACAAGGAAUGUCUCAACUCUGCAAGGGUAAACUGAAUCAAGAUGUUCUUCGAGUUUUGUGGGCCGAUACUGGACUACAGACAAAACAUAUAACGUUUAUGGUUAGUUUGCUAGAGCAGUGUAAUCUUGCUGUGCCACUCUCUGAUGAUAUGCCUCAGUCGUCUCUUGGAUAUCAACUGUUGAUACCUUGGCUGGCUUCCGGCCAUGAACCUGACAUUGUUAGUGGAUUUACUACUCAAUGUCAAGGCUUGUGUCACACUGUGCUGCGAAUUGUUUUUCCCGAUUUCAUGCCUCCAAGCUUGUUUGCCAUGAUUGCUGCCCGGUGCUAUACAGUGAUGGGAGGCAAUCGGAGAUUUUACUGGGAGAAUGGUUUUUUCAUUGAAUCGGUCUCUGGCUACUUGAAAGUGCAUGUUCCUGUUGUCACACAUGAAUGCAGCUCAGCCAUUGUGUUUGAGGCUUGGGCGGUUGAUGUAGAGCGACUCUGGUUGACGUUGCUGCCGGGGUUGCUAGAGACGGAGAUUCUCUUCAAACAAUGGAAUGGAUUAUGGGUGGAACGCUGGGUCGUAUGCCCUCAUUGUCUGAAUGACAAACGUCUACGAGAGACAGGGAAUAUGACCUUGUUUCAUGGUGACUGGCUCAAUCCAGAACUCGUCUCAAGACAGAAGUACUACGGUUGCCCAAAUAUAAAAGGUCAAUUGAUAGCUGAUUCUCAGAUUAUGGUGCCUUCAAUAGCUCUCCUUGAGUCAUUUCGUUCUAAUUACGGCGACGUAAUCACUAUGAGACCUUUGCCACCUCAACAGCCAACCGAACACCCCAUACCUCCCAAUAGAAGAAUAACCAGAUCUUCUUCAUAUGACACAUUGCUUGGCCACUCCAAUGGCAUUCUCUUAUCAACAACCAACGAACAAGAUCCAAGAGCAGAGUAUCUUUCUUCUAACAUGUCGACAUCACCUCUCACCGAUAUUUCAUCACCACCCACCAUGACUGGUGUUGUCAGACAGCAGUAUGGUACAUGGAGCCAGUUUGACAGUCAGUCAUGCCAAUGGAUACCAAAUACAUCAUUACUUACUUUCCAUCCUGAACAGUCAACUUCAAUAGUAAGAGACGAUCAAUCAUCUGGAGUAUCAAGUUUAACAGCAAGAGGAAGAAAUGCAACUGAAAGACAACUGGAAGGCCACUGUUUGCACACCAACAGAACCUUUGAAUCGUUUAAUAGUUCAUGCAGUCCUAACACACUUAGGAUUGCAAUAUCGCAGCAUAUUUCUCCCGACAGUCCAGUGAUGUCUGCUAAUCGACAACCAAGGUCUCCAUAGACAUGAUGUCUAUCCCUACUGCACAAAUGUGUAAAGUCAACAGUCGCAAUGGCGGUAUGUACUGGUGUUGUACAGUGUAGAUAUCAAAGUCCAAUAGAUACAAUAGAAUAUUAGAGUACAUUUGUAACCAGAACACGAAGAUUUGCCAGACACUGAUAGAUGCAAUAGUAUACUAGAUUAUUAUAUGUGAAGUUGACUGAUAUGUAUUAGUAUAUCAUAGUAUUCAUGAAAAUUCAAUUUAUGAGCUUUC